AUGAGUAAAUUACAUAUAUCUUCAUCGUCGUCGUCGUCAUCCUCUGGACAUGGACAUGUCCAUGGUCAUGUGGUUCAUGGACACGUUGGCUUAAUGGAUACACAGAUCACAAAUUUGGAAUCGUUAUUGGUCAAGAUGGAAGAGACACUGAAUGAUUCCGACUAUAAAGACAACAGCUACAACAAGGUCAGAAAGAGAAAGAACGACAAGGAAGAGAGACACCUGCUAGCACGUCUCGGUGUAUUGAUGCGUCAUCUCAUUGAGUUCAAAGGUGAUCGUUCAAUGGUGCACAUAUUCCAUCUCCGAUUCAUACACACCGCUCAACCGAUAAAACGACAUCGUCUCGCCAAGAUCACCUCACAAAUCACUGAAUACAUUAGAAUUAUGAACAAGUCGAUACCGGGUGGCGCUGCUGCUGCUCUUGGAAUAUCCAACGAUUCUCCACCACUCUCACUUAAUAUCAAUAGCAAUAGCAACAACAACAACAAUGAAUCAGAAUCACAAUUACAACAAUCAUCAAGUAUAAUAUCAAAUUCAAGUUCAAACAACAACAAUAAUAAUAACAAUUCACCUGGUUUAUUACAUCUAAGUUUAGUUAAUAGUAAUAACGGUAUAAAUGUAUUAAAAGAUAAUGUAAAAGAUAAUAAUGUAAAAGAUAGUAAUAAUAAUAAUAAUAAUUUAGUAAAUAGUUUAAGUAGUAGUAAUAAUAAUAAUAGUAUUAAUAAUAAUAGUGGUAGUAAUAGUAGUAGUAGUACACCUUCUCCUUCACCUGGACAUAUGUCACCGGGGUUAUCAUCAUCUUCACCACCACCAGCAUCAUACUUUAUUAAAGAGGCACCGGAAGUAAAGAUUGCGCGUGAACUACUCGAUUAUCUUACAUCGCAUCGUGUCGAUCCAGAUAACUCUUUGGUUGGCUGUGAGCUUAGUUCGUCGUAUGUAGAUGGUCUCUUUAAGUAUAGAUCACAACACUCUUUCAACAAACGAUCUCUUAUCAACAUGAUAAAGAACUGGGGUUCACUCAAAGACGAAUCACUAAUCAAAGAUGUAAGACGUAUGUCCAACGUACUCAACAGUCUCGAUUUUAAACGUGGUGAAUUAGUUAUCGUUGAUAUCAGCAGUAGUAAUAAUCAACAACAAAUAAAUCAAUUGAAAUCAUCAAAUAAUAGUAGUAAUAAUAAUAGUAACAAUAACAAUAAUAACAGUAACGAUGAUGAUGAUGAUUUCUUUGAUUUAGAUGAUAUUGAUACAAAUAAUAAUAACAAUAACAAUAAUAACAACAAUAACUAUAAUAAUAAUAAUAAUAAUCAAGAUGAAUCAAUAGAAUUAAGUGGUUCAAAUGAACAUAUUAAUCGUAGUUGUAAGGUGUAUACUAAUCCAUCGGAGGAUUCAAAGACUGCUCUUGCCACUUUUAAUAUUGCCAAUGUCUACAAACUCAGUCCAGAGAUCUUAGAGUUGAUUCGCUCAGAGAAGAGUACUAGCAAGUUGAUCUCAGACCCUUCGAUUCCUUUCAAUCAUAUGCUCACCUACAAGGAGAAUGAAAUACUACAUCGCUACUUGGAGAGACGUGGUGUCGACAGCUCGUUGCUCACUCGAGAGAUUCUCGAUGGAUCCGCCAAGAACAAGCUGUCGCAGUGGUGGCUUGCUCUGAUUCGUGAGAAUACAGAAUCGUUCCUCUCGAAACUAUCAUUCGACUUUAAUGCAGUACCUGCCGACUACCUUGAGAAACCACCUCAAAACAUUGCUGCCGUAAGAUAUAAUUUGGAUUUAUUACAUAAUCUAUUACCAUCAAAUGGUGAAGAUACACAUAUUAGGAUUCAAUUUAAGAAAUUAGUUGAAAAAUUAAAUCAUUCGAUCUAUCCUGUGAUUGAAUUGUUUGUUUUGAAAUGUAAAUUAGUAAUUUUAGAUUCGUUCGAUGCUUUGGAGAAUACAUCGAUUGCACAGAUGGAAACGAGUGGACAUCUAGAAAUGUCUUAUCUAAAGGAGUUGUUCAACAGACGAAAAGAUGUAACCGAUAAACAUCGUUGUAAUCAGAUCGAACGACUCUACAAAGACAUUGAGUAUAUCUUGGAGAUGAAGCGAUUAGAGUUGAACCCAAGUGAGAAACGAUUGGAUAUUGUGCCGAUCUCUGGUAUUGCAUUCGGUAGACUGCACCGUCUUGAGAAUGAAAUGAGAACCGUACUCGAUAUUUGGAAACAUCUCGAUACCAAUCACCACCAAGCUCAGCAGCUACAAAAUUUGGCAAACUCAAUGGCCUCCAGUGGUAUCAGUAUUGGCAGUGGAAACAACUCACCGGGACACUCACCAAAGAAUUCGUUUCUAAAAUUUGGAACUUCUCCUAACAACUCACACGCUGACCACGUUCCACCACAAAAACCACUCCCACAGCCACCAAAGAAGGCUCCAAAGGAAGAGAAACGUUGGAAUGAACCGUAUAAACCAAUCAGUCGCCUUUUAUCGCAACAGAUCUUAACUAGUCAGAGGAUAAAGACACAACCACUCUCUCAACAACACCGAAAUGAGCUAACAGGCAGUGGAUCUACUUCCACUCGUGACAUACCAUCGGCAUCAUCGAUAUUCCAACACACCCCACCCGCUUCGACCACACCAAGCGACUUCCUCCGAUCACCAUCCCCUUCAUCUCAAAUGAAUUCAUCUUCCUCCAACUCUAAUUCUGGUGACAGUAUUCCAUUCGCAGAAGUCCACGAAUAUAACAACAGUGAUAAUUAA